GAGGCGCAGCAGGCUUUGUGCUGAAAGCCGGUGUGCGAAGUCACAUUAAUUGGAGAAUAAGCCUGUGAGAAGUGGCUGAGGGAGGGAGCUGGGGUUGGCUAGUUUGGAGAAGAGGAGGCUGAAGGGAGACCUUAUCACUCUCUGCAGCUACCUGAAAGGAGGUUGUGGUGAGGCUUCUGAUCACCAUGGCUGCAGUGGAUCAUUUCAACCUCUUGUACAGAGAGAUCAGUCGUUCCUGCAAUUUUUACAUAGAGGCCCUGGCUAUAGUUGGGGCUUGGUACACCGUCAGAAAAUGCGUCUCUCUUGCUUUUGACACUUACAGCACACUUAGGUUGCAUUUAAUUCCAAAGCUGGGCGGCAAGAUUGAUCUUGUCAAGCGGUACGGAAAAUGGGCUGUGGUCACUGGUAGCACAGAUGGUAUCGGGAAGGCAUAUGCUGAAGAACUGGCAAAGCGUGGUAUCAACAUCAUCUUAAUCAGCCGAAACAAAGAGAAGCUGGAGGCUGUAUCUAGAAGCAUAUCGGAAACUUAUAAAGUGGAAACAGAUUUCAUAGUAGCUGACUUCAGCAUGGGGCGUGAGCCUUACCCAGCCAUUAAGGAGGCUCUGAAAGACAGAGAAAUUGGCAUUUUGGUGAAUAAUGUAGGACUGUUUUAUUCCUACCCAGACUAUUUUACCAACCUGUCUGAGGAUCUGCUGUGGGACAUGAUCAACGUAAAUAUUGCUUCUGCUAACAUGAUGACGCAUAUUGUGCUGCCAGGCAUGGUACAGAAGAAGAAAGGGGCAAUUGUGAAUCUUUCUUCUGCAUCCUGUUGUCAGCCGACACCAAUGUUGACAAUCUAUGGAGCCUCUAAAACCUACUUGGACUACUUCAGCAGAGCACUACAUUAUGAGUAUGCAUCAAAAGGAAUUUUUGUUCAGAGUUUAACCCCGUUUGUAAUUGCUACAAAAAUGGUAGCAUGCAGCAGUGUUGCAUCAGAGAGGUCUUUCUUUUUCCCUUCUGCUGAAGAAUAUGCAAGACAUGCUAUUUCUACUCUUGGGUUAUCCACAAGGACUACUGGGUACUGGAAGCAUGCAAUAAAGUUCACACUGGGUGAGCGCCUACCUGAAUGGAUCUGGGCAUGGUUUGCAAUGUAUUUUUCCAGAAUCAUACGCAAGGAAGCAUUAACACGCAAAGUGAAAUAGGAGUGUGCGGAUGUUCCAUGUAAUGAGUACUAUGUUCUCAUCAGAGUGCUGAAAAAAAGUUUAGCGGACUUACUGUAACUUAUCCAUACCUUGCUGAACAAUGUAUAUGUAACCUAGACAUCAGAAGCGUGGAUCCUCUCUGUAUCCUUGUAUUAAAUAGCUCCUCUGCUGCUUUCCUCCACAUCAAAGAGCUGAUCUCGUUGAGGUUAGUCUCCGUUCACUACCUCUUCAAGGUAUUUGAGCUGGAGCAUGUAUAGUUUUAAUUCUGACAGUAAAUCACUGUCUCUUGCAUAGUGCUACAUGAUGUCAACCUGUAAAGGUGUCAGAAUUUGAGCAUUCUCCAAAGUUGCCAAAAAUGGGCUGUUCAAAAAUACAAUCACAGUCAAUUCUGUUAAGUUUCUUCAAUAUGUAGCUUUGCAUAACUUUUCUGUCUUCUGACUGCACGUUUGUAUGUUUUAAGUGCAAAUGUUGUUGCUUUUGAAUGAUAUUAUUUAAGGAACUUCUCAAAAUUAAGGUGUAUGGCAAGGUACUGUUGACCAGGAGGUUGUUUAAAUGACUGAAAAAGUCUUACAGUGCUGUAAAGGAAUUUGGAGAUAAGCUUGUAUGCUUUCUUAUUCCAAGUGUGAAUGAUGUUGAUAAUACUUCAAUUAUUGCUUCACCAGUCUGAAAUAUGGCUGGAGAAUUGAAUAAAGAAUGUAAAAACACAUUAGCUAAAGAAAAAUAAUGAAUAAAUAAUGUUUUGAUUUAAAAAUACUGAUUGGUUUUUCUAAGAUAAAACUUACUGAAGUUUUGUUGCAGUAUGAUUUUGAUGCUUCUGUUAUAUAAAUAAAUAUGUUUAUGCAUAUGUA